AUGGCCACCAGACAUUCGGGUAUCGUCAACUGCCGACCAGAUCACGCACUGCGCUCUGCUGCAGAUGGGCGUGUUUCUCAGCAGACUCGACGCGGCAAAGCACCUGCAUGUCUCUGUUCGUUUCUUUCUCUUCCUGUCUCGCCCACCCCUGUCGGACGUCGUACUUCGGCCGCAAAGACUGGAAGACAGGAGACAGGGAGACAGGGCUUGUAG